CUAGUUUUCCCUUAAAUGAAACGACUUCUUUUUUCUCACGGUUAUUGUACGGAAAAGAAGACAUGGACCCAAUCCAGCCCAUUGAUAGAGGAAUCAUUAAUACUAGUCAAAAUAAUAUCUAACCACGGUUAACACUUAAACCCUUGGUUUCAACUCAAUAUUAAUUACUUCACAUCCUUCGUCUCUGUCUUCUCGCUCCCUCUACACUCAAUAAUGGCGCCACCACAGACCUUCUCAUCCCUCGCCUUCGCUCUCUCUCUCCUCGCCAUAACUUACACCGUACGCGGCUCCAACAUUACAAAAAUCCUCGCUAAGUACUCGGACUACUCCUCCUUCAACAGCUACCUCUCUCAGACAAAGCUCGCAGAAGAAAUCAACAGAUACCCGACGAUCACCCUCCUCGCCCUCAACAACGACGCAAUGGCCUCCUUCGCCGUAAAACGUCCGCUCUCCGUCAUUAAAAAAGCCCUAAGCCUCCUCACUCUCCUCGACUACUACGACCCACAGAACCUCCAACAAAUCUCAGAAGGCACGACCCUCUCCGUCACGCUCUACAACAACACCGCCGGAGACUCUCCCGAGUACCUAGGGUUCGUUAACAUCACCGAUCUUUACGGAGGCAAAGUCGCUUUCGGCUCCGCCGUCUCCGGUUCCAAGCUCGACUCUUAUUUCACCAAAUCCGUCAAGCAGAUCCCUUACAGCAUCUCCUUUGUCGAGAUCGAUGCUCCGAUCAUCGCUCCGGGAGUCUUAGUCCCCCCACCACCCGCUCCUCCCUCCUCCUCCUCCGUCGUGGUGUCUAACAUCACCGGACUGAUAGAGAAAGCCGGUUGCAAAACCUUCGCGAGUUCGCUCGCCGAGAGCGGAGUUCUCAAGACGUACGAAUCCGCCGUUAAAAACGGCUUGACGGUUUUCGCACCGUCCGAUGAAGCUUUCGAAGCCAAAAGCGUCCCUGAUCUGACGAAGCUCACCCGAGGCGAGGUGGUCAAGCUACUAGAGUAUCACGCCCUCCCUCGUUACAAGCCUAGAGGCUCGUUGAGGACUAACAAACACAAAAUCUCCACGCUAGCCGGAAAAGAGUUUGAUCUCACAACCUCCACCUCCGGCGACGAAGUUGUUCUUCACACCGGCGUUGCUUCGUCGAGACUCGUCGACACGGUGCUGGACGCCACCCCGGUCAUUAUCUUCACGGUGGAUAACGUCCUCCUUCCUACUGAACUAUUCGGAAAACCCCCUUCUCCUUCUCCGGCACCGGAACCGACGAUAUCUCCGGCGGAAGGAGCUUCACCCACCGCUGAUUCACCGUCAGAACCUCCGGCGGAAAAGUCUCAUUCGGACUCGCCGACAGGUUUAGCUAAGAGCAAGUCGGCUAACGCGGCGGUUGCCGUGAGCUCACCGUCGUUGUUCACUGCAUUGGUCGUCACGCUUGCUACCAUAGCCGUUUCAGUUUCUCGCUGCUCUUGAAGUUUGAAAUCUUUUUGAAUUCUCGUAGUUACUGUUUUUGAGGGUUAUACUAAACGAUGUAGUUUCUCACUGUACAAAAGAUAGUAAAUAAAUGGGCCUACACGGUUGGGGCCUAGUAAUAUUUA